AUGGAUAUAAUUGUGUCUGACAUGUACAAGAUCAAGUUCUCCAUUGGCAAACAUUACUCUUGUGAGGUAUUAUGCGAUGUCUUGGAUAUGGACGUGUGCCACGUGAUCUUGGGCAGACCUUGGCAAUUCGAUGCCGGUGCAAUUUAUGACGGAAGAGCCAACAUUUAUUCUCUUGAUUGGAAAGGGCGGAAACUCAGACUUUUAUCUCAACCUGUAGGUCAUACUCCAAAGGCCAAUGAUGCCAAAGCGGCUAUACAUAUAGUGACAGGUGGAGCACUCCUCUCUACUUGGCGUGAAACAUCACUCCUGUUUGCAUUAUAUGUUAAGGAACUUGCAUUGCCAAACUGUGACAGUAAACCGGAGAGUAAAGUUACUCAACUAAUGUCUCAAUUUCAUGAUGUUCUUCCUGUUACCUUGCCGAAGACCCUUCCACCAUUGAGAACGUUGCAGCAUCAAUUUGUUCUUAUAUCGGGGGCAACUCUUCCCAACCUUCCUCAUUAUAGAAUGAGCCCGAAGGAACAUCAAGUACUACAGCAGUUAGUGGAGGAACUGUUGGAGAAUAAACUCAUUCAACCGAGCCUGAGCCCAUGCGUAGUACCCGCACUACUUCCCAAGAAGGAUGGGAGCUGA